AAAACGUGGAGAAGCUGGUGUUCCAUGUCAAAGCCCACUUUCAAUAUUCCUAGAAGGCCAUACUACUUCCAAAUCACCAAUUGAAAAAGAUCAAAUUCAAGCCCAACCCCACUCCAACAAAAAACUUUGAAAUCUCGCCCAUCCUUCCCCGAAGCCCAAAAUGGCCCAAUCUAUCCUCCUCCUCAAUGGCCCCAAUCUCAACCUCCUCGGCACCCGCGAACCCGCAACCUACGGCUCCACCACUCUCUCCGACGUCCUCUCCGCCGCCGAGUCCCAGUGCGCCCGGAAAAAAAUCUCCUUCGCCCACCUGCAGUCAAACCAUGAAGGUGUCUUGAUAGAUAGGAUACACGAAGCCCGCGGCAAGGUGGACGCCGUGGUGAUAAACCCUGGAGCGCUCACACAUACGUCGGUUGCGUUGCGGGAUGCGUUGUUGGGUGUCGACAUUCCCUUCGUCGAGGUCCACAUCUCCAACGUGCACAAGCGUGAGCCCUUCCGGCACCACAGCUAUCUCUCCGACAAAGCGGAGGCUGUGAUAUGUGGACUAGGCGUCUAUGGAUAUGAAGCGGCUAUCGAAUUUGCGUCAAGAAGUAUUAAGCCCCGGAAAGAGGCGUAGGAGAAAAGUACUGCAGGGUUGGAUGCAUGUUUGGUGUAUGAUGAUGAGAACAUAAGACACGAGA